AUGACAGGUUGGAGACUGAACCCGGCUCAAAUCGCUGCUAAAUACAAAUUUAUUCCUGGUGAAACAGAUGCGGACAAAUCCUUUUUGGCGAAGUUUCCUCCAGCUACCGUGCCGGUAUUUGAAGGUCAGGACGGCACAUGCCUCUUUGAUGUGAAUGCCAUCCAGCUGAGAGGUGGCUCGAAAGAACAUCUUGUCACCCAGUGGGUAAACUUUACCGAUAAUGGUAUAAUGCCCUCGGUUGCUACCUGGGUAUAUCCAUGCUUGGGGGUCACUCAAUACAACAAGCAGAAUACCGAGAAAGCAAAGACUCACAUCCGAACAGUCCUCUCAUUCAUGGACAAUUAUUUGCGAAACGCAACGUACCUUGUAGGGGAACGCUUGUCGCAAGCUGAUAUUACUGUCUUCACGGCAAUUUACCUUCUCUUCACUUACGUGUGCGACGAUAACUGUCGCAAACAAUACCCUCACGUAGUUCGUUGGUACACAACUGUUGCCAACCAGCCUCACGUGAUGGAAGUUGUGGGCAAAGUUAACAUGUGUGUAGAUGGUUUUGCUUUUCUUAAAGCCUCUGUAGGACGGCAAGCAAAAGAAACAACCUGUGGAGCAACCAGAAGAAGAGGAAGAGAAACCGAAAUUGCAAUCCCUUACUUCUGGGAUCACUUUGACCCGAACACGCACUCAAUAUGGUACUGCGAGUAUCUUUAUCCGGAAGACCUUAGAAUGAUUUUCAUGUCGUGCAACUUGAUCAGCGGGAUGUUCCAAAGAUUGGAGAAGAUGCUGAAGUUUGCCUUCGGGAGCAUGUGCAUCUUCGGCGAGGAUGGCAAAAGUACCAUUAGCGGCUUGUGGAUCUGGCGUGGUACUGGAUUGGCCUUCGAACUCAGUCCUGACCUGCAAACCGAUUAUGAGUCCUAUAGCUGGCGAAAGCUGGAUCCCAACGAUGCUGAGACGAAACGACUGGUGCAUGAGUACUUCCUACAGGAGUUCUCAGACAAGCCCUUCAACCAAGGAAAAAUAUUCAAAUGA